CUUUCUGCUAGAUGUUGGAACAUUGCUGCGGGGACUUGCUUCCAUUCAGCCACAAGAGCAUUCGUGAGGUCGGGCACUGAUGUUAGGCCUGGCUAGCAGUCGACAUACCAAUUCAUUAAGUUCAGGGCUCUGUGCAGGCCAGUCAAGUUCUUCCACACCGUUCUUGACAAACCAUUUCUGUAUGGACCCGCUUUGUUCACGGGGGCAUUGUCAUGCUGAAACAGGCAGAGGCUUUAAGCAGGUGUUGUUGGUGGGGUGCCCGUGGAGAGAGUGAUGCGAGACAGUGGAGACAGCUUGGCACAGAACCACUGGAUCAAUGAGCUGACACUGGCAGGGGAACCUGAGACAGUCAGACAGGAGGCCACUGGACCAGGAUAUCUGGUGGACUCCAGAACGCCUCACCAUGUCCAUAGAAGUUCCAUGCAUUUCAAGCUAGGGCGGCCUGAGGAGGAAGCUAGCAUGUGGGGCAUGGAAGAACGUAUGGAUAUGGACCCCGAAGAGGAUAAGGAGGAGGAUUUCAGUUGGGAAGAACCAGGAGAGGAUGAUUGGACUGCACCACUUCUAUCGCCAUCACAUCAUCAGAGUAGAUCCACAGCCAGUGACUCUGGUAGCCCCUCACAAAUAAAAACACAGCCCAAUGGGUUCAGGAUGCGGAGGCUGCUGCGCUGGUAUAGACUCAGUAGGACUGUGAACUGCCACACUCGCUUGGCCCUGCAUUGGAGGACAUGGUGCCAGCUGGCUAAAUGGGCUGGGUCUUUGGGCCUGGGGUACAGGCGAGCUAGGCCUAGGAGGUGGCACCUCGGGAGCAGGAACAAACAUCUCCACAACAGACGGAAGCCAGGAAGAUCCUAUCUGCAUGGGGGAACUCGGGGCUGCUUUAAGGGAAGGGAAGAUAUAGAGGCUGGAGAUGACCCUUGGGUGUGUGGGACAAAUGGACACAUAGGGAAUGAGGUGGCGAGUAAUGCAGCCAAGGUUGGGGACAGGGACGGGCUGGGCUUCCGGGAAUCUCCUGUAAGCCUGCCAACCAUCCACAGGGAUAAACCACCACCUCAGCAGCAACUCAGCAGUGAACACAUCUCCUGUGUACAAGGUAUGUUGAAUGAAUUCCUGCACCAGUACGGUAGCAUGAUCCCUAUCCAUGUGGAUGAGGUGGUGGACAAGCUACAGGAAAUCUUCCCCAGCAAGAGCUUCUCCGAGCCCCACAGGAAAGUUGUUGUGCAGCACCUCAUCCAGUCUUACCAGCGUCUGUCUGGUACUGCCAUGGUGAGGGGGUUCCGUGUCAACUACAAGCGCCACACCCUCACAAUGGAUGACCUCAGCACAUUGUAUGGACAGAACUGGCUCAACGACCAGAUCAUGAACAUGUAUGGGGAUAUGGUUAUGGACACAGUCCCAGAAGAGGUUCAUUUUUUCAACAGCUUUUUUUACGACAAGUUGAGGACAAAGGGCUAUGACGGGGUCAAACGGUGGACAAAGAAUGUGAACAUUUUCCAGAAGAGGCUACUGUUGAUCCCUAUCCAUCUGGAGGUGCACUGGUCUCUGGUGUGUGUGGACGUCCCACAGCGCGCCAUCACAUACUUUGACUCCCAGCGCACCCUCAACCGCCGCUGCCCAAAGCACAUUGCAAAAUACUUACAAGCUGAGGCAAUCAAGAAAGAGCAGAAGGAUUUUAUCACAGGGUGGAAGGGUUUCUUCAAAAUGAACGUGGGCAGGCAGAACAAUGACAGCGACUGCGGAGCAUUUGUCCUCCAGUACUGUAAGUGCCUAGCCUUAGAGCAGCCUUUCCGUUUUGGCCAGCUGGAUAUGCCAAAGCUAAGGAGACUCAUGUACAAAGAGUUGUGUCAUUGCAAGCUCUCACUGUGAGUUUGAAUGAAAGAACUAUCGUAGAACGAAAGAAGACGUAGACUAUUCACCCUUCCCCCAGCUCUCUUGGCAGAUAUGUUUUUUACAAGAUGGACAUUGUUGCAUUUUUAUUUUCUUGCUCACACCCACUCACUCUUUAUUUUCCUUUUUGAUACAAGUAAACUGUACUCCUACGAGGACACUAAACAAAAUAAUGGUUGUUGCACUUAGGGUGUGAUGUAGGAGAUUAAUAUAUUUUACUUUCUCCCCAAUUUCGUGAUAUCCAAUUGCGCUCACUGCAACUCCCUAACAGGCUCGGGGAGGGUCAUGCGUCCUCUGAAACAUGGCCCGCUUAACCCGGAAGCCAGCCUCAAUGUGUCGGAGGAAACACCAUUCAACUGAUGAUCAAAGUCAGUCUGCAGGCGACCGGCCCACCACAAGGUGUCGCUAAAGCGCGAUGAGCCAAUAAAGCCACCUGGCAAAACCCUCCACUAAUAUGAACGACCCUGGGCCAAUUGUGCUAUCCCAAUGGGACUCCCAGUCACGGCCGGUUGUGACACAGCGUGGGAUAGAACACUGCUCUGUAGUGACGCCUCUAGCACUGCGAUGCUGCGCCACUUGGGAGGCCACGCAAGAAUUUUUUGGUCCUUUAUGUUUUUGGGGGAUAGCCAGGGGUAUAGUGUUGAAAAUAAAAUAAAUGAAAAGUUAAGUGUGGAUGGAUCAACCUUAUUUUUAGGGAACAUGGUUUGUGGGCAAAUUAAUAUUUCCUAUUAGCUGAAAAGAAUUGAUUUUUAUUUGAAUCUGAAGUCAUUCAACACAAACGGUUGUGUUUUGUCUAAAGGAAUUAUCGGUUCUGGUUCAGCCUGUGCACCAGUACGUUUUGGCCAAUGAAUAGUCGUGGCUUGCUGACAACAAAUUAUAAAUGGGUCAUUCUUCAUGUGACAUAUGUAAUUGAAUAAAUGGGUAAAUAUUAUUUUCAUUCCAUUGAUUUGAUGAUUGACAGUCACUAUAGUGGGUCAUGUGCCCAGUCCAAAUUGGCCUAGGUCAGUGAGAAAGCCACUUCUACAACCCUAAGCACUUCAAUAUAAUCGUGGAUAGGCUCAAUAACAUGCAGCUGAUCAUGAGCUUAGAAAACAACUGCUCGAUUUUACAGGAAAGCACAAAUGUCAUUCAAUCGUGGGAAGGCAAUUGGUGAAAUUUGCGAGGUCAUGACCCAUGGGGAACAGUUUCUAGUUUUGCCCAUUUCUCAUGAGCCUAUAAACUAUACUGAACAAAAAAACGCUAACAAUUUCUGAGUUAUAUACAGUUCAUUUAAGGAAAUAAAUAGGGCCUAAUCUAUGGAUUUCACAUGACUGGGCAGGGGCA